UCUAAAUAUCCCACCACAGAAUAUUAACACUUGAACAUUUCUUUACUGAACACCCAUAGGUGUUUCUUGUGUUUCUAUUCCCAUAUAAACACAAUUGGGUUCUACCGCAUCUUACUAUUUCCAUUUGGUCAAUCCUUUAUAUUGCAUCACCAGCAGUGAGAAGCGAUGGAGGAGGAACAGCAGCAGCAGGUGUCUUCCACCUGGCCGCCCCCGCCUCCCUUCUGGCGCGACUUCACACCCGAGAAUAUCGCGCGCGUCAACGAACUACGAAAGGAAGAAGCGGAGAAGGAAGGUGUUGAAGAUGCUUCCAAGGUUCGCCUUCAAGGCCUACCCCGCGGAUUGCGCAAUCUUCAACCGCCUCAAGAGCCGGCAGAUGGAGUGUGGAGAGUCUUUGGCGACACAUACCGAUUGAACGACGAGCUGCCUCGACUGGAAGAGUCAAACAUCCGACGACUAUUCCCGAACCCUGAAGAGAGAGAUCAAGACGGGAAGCAUUUCGACCGCGCGCUUAUUCUCAAGAAAUUGGCCAAGUCGCUGUUGUUGAACUUCUUAGAGCUAGUAGGACUAUUAGCUAUAGAUCCAGAGGCUGCUGAAAAGAAGACAAAUGAUAUCCGAGAUCUAUUCAUCAACUUCCAUCAUCUCAUCAACGAAUACCGGCCGCACCAAGCUCGCGAAUCUCUAAUCUCGAUGAUGCAGGCACAGCUAGACCAGACGCGCGCAGAGACAGAUGCAAUACGGGAUGCGAAGGACAAGGCCGAUAGGGUCAUGGAAGGAUUAGGCAGUCUUAAGAUUCAGGAAGAACUUGUCAGCACCUUGACGACACCACCAAAGAAGGAUAUAUGGGCCUACGAACGCGAGACUUGGACGACGGCUGUUGAGGAUCUUUAGGGGACAACACCGUUUAUAAUUGCUCAGGGCGACCAUCGUUAUGGAGUAUACGUUGAAGUCGUAAAAUUCAUGAAUCAGAACAGGCUUUUCCAGAUGGAUUAGAA